AUGUAUAUUAGGAAGAUGAUAGCUUACAAGAAUAAUGUUCCCUUACUCAUUCACUGCUUCCAGGAUAGUUUGACUGGUCCGGCACAUACCUGGUUCAUGGGGUUGAAAGGAGUCACUACUUUUGAACAGUUGGCUGAGGCCUUCAUGCAACAGUACAAAUAUAAUACCUAUCUGGCGCCAAGUCGCAAAGAGUUGCAGUCCUUAACCCAGAAAGAUAAAGAAUCGUUCAAAGAAUACGCACAACGCUUCAUUCAAAAAGCUGCUCAGAUUCGUCCUCCCUUGGAUGAGAGGGAACUUUCAGAUUUGUUCUAUGAAACCCUGAGCCCUUGUUAUUCAGAAAAGAUGAUUGUCUGUGCAUCACAGAAGUUCACUGACUUGGUGGAAACAGGAAUGCGUAUCGAGGAGUGGGCUCGUAAGGGAGCAGCUGUUUCGGGAAGUUCUUCAGGUGGUUCUUCAGGGGUUUCGUCCAAUGGUAAUAAGAAAUUUGGGAAUGGUUACCCAAAGAGGAAUGCUCAAGAGGUUGGCAUGGUGGCUCAUGGAGGACCUCAGCCCGUGUACCCUAAUCACCCCUUUGUUGCCAACAUCACCCCACAAAUGACCGCACCCCAGAACCCAAACUAUCAAUCACCCAGACCUCAAGGACCUGCACCAUAUUAUCCCCCAUUAUACCAACCACUAUACAACCUACAACAAUUCCCUCAACAACCAUAUUACCCCCAACAACCAUACCAACAAAGACCACAGCAACAACCCCGUCCUCAGGCUCCUCACAAUCAGCAGAAUCAAAGGCAACAAUUUGACCCCUUGCCAAUGACCUAUGGAGCAUUGCUCCCUUCUUUACUUGCACAGAAUCUGGUCCAAACAAUACCACCUCCUCGCAUUCCAGACCCUCUCCCACGCUGGUACCGUCCGGACCUUCAUUGUAUUUACCAUCAAGGGGCACCAGGCCAUGAUGUGGAGCGUUGUUUUGCUCUUAAGAAAGAGGUUCAGAAACUGAUAAAUAGUAAAGAGUUAACCUUCACCGACCCUGAUGCUGUAGCUCAGAACAAUCCUCUGCCUACUCAUGGGCCUGCUGUUAAUAUGAUUCAAGACGAUCAGGAAGAGGCUCGCAUUCUCUCCGUAUGUGAUAUCAAGACUCCUCUGGUACCGAUACAUGUGAAAAUGUGUAGAGCAACUCUCUUCAACCACAAUCAUGAAGCUUGUGACAUAUGUUCGAUGGAUCCUCGUGGAUGUAUACAAGUCCAGAAUGAUGUGCAGGGUCUCCUAAAUAGAAGGGAACUUGUGGUUACAAGGGAACCCGAGAGCAAGGACGUCUGUGUUGUCACUCCGGUAUUCAGAGCCAGGAGGCCGCUGGUGAUAAACCCUAACAGUACAAAGCCCGUUGGUACUCCCUUGGUAAUCUGUGUGCCUAGGCCCACGCCUACUACUGCUCAGAAAGCUGUACCCUACAAGUAUGAAGGCACAAUUCUAGAGCCCGGAAGUGAGACAACUUCACCUGUUGCUGUGGAUAAUAUCGCAGAGAAUAGCCGGAUUUUGAGGAGUGGCCGCAUCCUUCCUACGGUGGGUCCGAAGAGUGUUAGUGUUCCGGUCGAUGAGCCAGUAAAAGAGCGAAACGCCGGUAAAGGUAAAGCUGGGGAGCAGGCCAAAGAGUUUGACUUUGAGGAUGCCGAUGAAGUCUUGAAGCUGAUCAAGAAGAGUGAAUACAGGGUGGUGGACCAGCUGUUACAAACUCCUGCGAAGAUUUCCAUCAUGGCCCUAUUGGCAAGUUCUGGUGCUCAUCGGGAUGCCCUGAGGAAAGUACUAGACCAGGCAUUUGUGGAUUAUGAUGUAACUCUGGGUCAAUUCGAAAGCAUCGUGGGGAAUGUGACCGCGUGUAACAGUCUGACUUUCAGUGAUGAAGAUCUCCCGGCGGAGGGGAAUAAGCAUAAUCAAGCAUUACUCAUCUCUGUACUUUGCAGAACGGACUCGUUAUCCAACGUCCUGAUAGAUACCGGCUCUGCACUUAAUGUGAUGCCCAAGUCAACUCUCGACCAAUUGGCGUACUCCGAGGCUCCUUUGAGACUUAGCAAGGUGACGGUGAGGGCCUUCGAUGGAACUAGGAGAUCGGUGUAUGGUGAGGUAGAUUUGCCAAUUUCGGUCGGCCCACAUGAAUUUCAGGUUACUUUCCAAGUCAUGGAAAUCCAGGCUUCUUUCAGCUGUUUGCUCGGCAGACCAUGGAUUCAUGACGCUGGGGCUGUGACAUCUACUCUCCAUCAGAAAUUGAAGUUUGUAAGUCGUGGAAAGUUGAUCACUGUGAGUGGCGAAUCGGCCUUUUUAAUCAGCAAUUUGUCUGCUUUCUCCGUCAUCGGUGGUAGUGGUUCAGACGGGCCAUCAUUCCAAGGGUUCUCUGCCGAAGAAAGUGUCGGUAAGAUUGAGACUUGUAUGGCUUCGUUGAAGGAUGCCCGGAGAGUAAUUCAGGAAGGCAAAACCGAAGGCUGGGGUCAGCUAGUGGAGUUGCCAGAAAACAAGCGUAAAGAGGGAAUUGGUUUCCUUAACAGUAAGCCUGGGAUGUUCGACCCCACCAGAGGUUCUUUCCACAGUGCUGGUUUCAUUCAUGAUUCGCCAGAGACCAAUGCAAUUUUGGAUGAUGCACCUGGAGGAGUGACACCGGUCUUUGUGACGCCUGGAGGAGCUUGCUGCAACUGGAUUGCUGUUGACAUUCCUUCUGUGACACCCCGCUCUAAACUGAACAUAAGUGAAUCCGUUGAACACAGUGACCUCAUGCUUUCUCCCAACUUUGAGGUCCCGGUUUACGAGGCUGUGGUAGAGGAGGAUGAAGAGGUCCCAAAUGAGAUUAAAUGGAUGUUGGAACAAGAAAGGAAGACAAUUCAACCUCAUCAGGAAGAGAUAGAAAUCAUCAAUCUGGGUACUGAGGAAGACAAGAAAGAAAUCAAGAUUGGGGCAUCGUUGGAUGUAUCUGUCAAGAAAAGAGUAAUUGAGCUUAUCAGAGAAUAUGUUGAUAUAUUCGCAUGGUCAUACAAGGACAUGCCGGGUCUAGAUCCUGAUGUCGUUGAACACAGACUGCCUUUGAAGCCUGAGUGUCCUCCGAUUGAUGCAGGUUUCCUAGUCACAUCAGAGUAUCCUCAAUGGUUGGCCAACAUAGUGCCUGUUCCAAAGAAAGAUGGCAAAGUCAGAAUGUGUGUUGAUUAUCGGGACUUGAACAAGGCUAGUCCGAAGGAUAAUUUUCCUUUACCUCACAUUGACGUAUUGGUUGAUAAUACUGCUAAGUGCAAGGUUUUCUCCUUCAUGGACGGUUUUUCCGGCUACAAUCAGAUCAGGAUGGCUCCUGAGGAUAGAGAAAAGACGUCUUUCAUCACGCCCUGGGGUGCUUUCUGCUAUGUGGUGAUGCCAUUUGGUUUGAUAAAUGCUGGUGCCACUUACCAAAGGGGCUUUAUCGUCAGUCAAAAGGGUAUUGAAGUUGAUCCCGACAAGGUCAGAGCCAUCAGAGAAAUGCCUGUUCCAAAGACAGAGAAGCAAGUUAGAGGUUUUCUUGGUAGACUCAAUUAUAUCUCCAGAUUUAUCUCUCACAUGACCGCCACAUGUGGACCAAUUUUCAAGUUACUCCGCAAGGAUCAAGGGGUGAAGUGGAAUGAUGAUUGUCAGAAGGCUUUUGAUCAAAUCAAAGAAUAUCUGUUAGAACCUCCAAUUCUUGUUCCUCCAGUUGACGGAAGACCUUUGAUCAUGUAUUUAACAGUACUGGAAGAUUCCAUGGGCUGUGUUUUGGGUCAACAAGAUGAAACCGGAAAGAAAGAGCACGCUAUCUACUAUUUGAGUAAGAAGUUCACUGAUUGUGAGUCCCGAUAUUCUGUACUUGAGAAAACUUGUUGUGCUUUAACUUGGGCUGCCAAGCGUCUCCGUCAUUAUAUGAUUAAUCAUACAACUUGGUUGAUAUCCAAGAUGGAUCCUAUCAAGUACAUAUUUGAGAAGCCAGCUUUAACUGGAAGGAUUGCUCGCUGGCAGAUGUUAUUGUCCGAGUAUGAUAUCGAGUAUCGCACUCAGAAAGCAGUCAAAGGUAGCAUCUUGGCAGAACAUUUGGCUCAUCAACCAAUCGAAGACUAUCAACCAAUCAAAUUCGACUUCCCAGAUGAAGAGGUUAUGUAUCUAAAAGCAAAAGAUUGUGACGAACCAGUGUUCGGUGAAGGUCCUGAUCCUGAAUCCGAAUGGGGUUUGAUAUUUGAUGGAGCUGUUAAUGUCUAUGGAAGUGGAAUUGGUGCGGUACUCAUUACCCCUAAGGGUACUCACAUCCCUUUUACUGCGAGGUUACGUUUUGAUUGCACAAACAACAUCGCAGAGUACGAAGCUUGCAUCAUGGGUAUCGAGGAAGCCAUCGAUUUGAGGAUCAAGAAAAUUGUCAUUUAUGGAGAUUCCGCUCUUGUGAUUAACCAGAUCAAAGGAGAAUGGGAAACUCGUCAUCCUGGAUUGAUUCCCUACAGAGAUUAUGCAAGGCGUUUGCUGACUUUCUUCAACAAAGUAGAGUUACAUCAUGUGCCCCGCGAUGAGAAUCAAAUGGCAGAUGCUUUAGCUACUCUAUCCUCAAUGAUCAAUGUGAAUGGUCACAAUACUGUGCCAGUAAUCAAUGUCCAAUUUCUCGACCGACCUGCUUAUGUGUUUGUAGCUGAAGCAAUUGAUGAUGACAAGCCAUGGUAUCAUGAUAUCCAAGUUUUCCUUCAAACUCAAAAGUACCCACCUGGGGCAUCCAACAAGGACAAGAAAACAUUGAGAAAAUUGUCAAGCCGUUUCUUCCUUAACGAAGACGUUUUGUAUAAAAGGAACUUUGAUGGGGUCCUACUUAGAUGUGUGGAUAAGCAUGAAGCAGAAAAAUUGAUGCGCGAGAUUCAUGAAGGCUCUUUUGGAACUCACUCAUGCGGUCACGCCAUGUCGAAGAAGAUAUUGAGGGCUGGGUACUACUGGAUAACAAUGCACGGCGAUUGCUACAAUCACGCCAAGAGAUGCCAUAAGUGUCAAAUAUAUGCUGACAAGAUUCAUAUACCACCAUCUAUGCUCAAUGUUAUCUCUUCCCCGUGGCCUUUCUCCAUGUGGGGCAUUGACAUGAUUGGUCGGAUUGAGCCAAAAGCUUCCAAUGGACAUCGUUUCAUAUUAGUGGCUAUCGAUUAUUUCACCAAAAUCAUCACAGACAAUGGCACAAAUCUGAAUAACAACAUGAUGAAAGAGUUGUGCGAUGACUUCAAGAUUCAACAUCACAAUUCUUCUCCUUACAGACCACAGAUGAAUGGGGCAGUUGAAGCUGCAAACAAGAACAUCAAGAAGAUCAUACAGAAGAUGGUAGUUACUUACAAGGACUGGCAUGAAAUGUUACCCUAUGCUCUGUAUGGAUACCGUACCUCAGUGCGAACCUCGACAGGGGCAACCCCUUUCUCUUUGGUAUACGGUAUGGAGGCUGUACUACCUGUAGAGGUUGAGAUUCCUUCUUUAAGAGUCUUGAUGGAAGCUGAAUUGUCUGAAGCUGAAUGGUGCCAGAGCAGUUAUAUCAGUCAAGGAUGA